AUGGCGAUUUUACCGAUAGCGAUUAGCCAAGCACAACGUCCAUUGCACUUCACAAGAAGGGUUAUUGAGGAUAUGGCAAAUACCAAGGGGCUUGCUCAUCACCGCAUUAAAUUAACCUGCGAGUUUAUUGAUGAUUGCUGUGCCUUCCAACUAUUCUACGGCCCAUUCUCAACAAACACAAUGAAGGUACGGUUGAGAUACUCGACACUGGCACUGGUUCUCUCGUUCGUAGCGAUUGGAGAUGCAUCGCUUAACGAUGAGCUUCCUGAAGACAAGUUUGUGGUUCUUCGAGCGUCUCCCACCACGAUGGAACAUCUUGAGAUAAUCCGUGAAUUACAUGACAACAUGCAUGAAUAUGACCUCGACUUUUGGCUAACUCCACACUCAAUCGACCACAAAGCGGACAUUAUGGUCCGAGAAACGGGGCUGAGCUGGUUAACAAAUGUCUUAACAAACAACAGCAUUCCUUUCCUGGUCACCAUACCAGAUGUUAAGCAGUUGAUUCUGGAUCGAGAACACAAACCACUAGCACCCUCGUCCAGUUUUACAAAGCGCCUCAACGAUGAAGGAGGAAACAAGGCUCGAUAUGGACUCGGCGAAUAUCAUUCAUAUAACCAUAUAGUCUCAUGGAUGGAGGACAUUCAACGGAAUUAUCCGGACAAAGCGAUGGUAAUAACCAUUGGAAUGACCGAGGAAGGUCGACCCAUUAAAGGCAUCAAGAUUGGUACCGGUGUCUAUCGAACUGAUAAGCGAGUAUUUUGGAUUGACGGUGGAAUUCAUGCCAGAGAAUGGGCUGCUGUUCAUACGGUUGCCUAUGUUAUUGACCGGCUCAUAGCAGACUACGACACGGAUCCUCUCGUCCGUCAAGCAGUCGAUCAGCUCAACUUUUACAUCUUUCCAGUUCUCAAUCCCGAUGGCUAUGAGUACUCUCGUAGCGGAGUCUCGCCUAUGAUUCGACUAUGGCGAAAAAACCGCUCAUCAAUGAUCUGUAAAAAGGACCAGUGGUUCCGCGAACGAUGUUGUGGUGGCGUGGAUCUUAACCGAAAUUUCGAUUGGUUUUGGGGAGAGAUUGGUUCAAGUUCUGACCGCUGUUCGGAGAUUUACCAGGGAAAGUCACCCUUCAGCGAAUCUGAAUCGAGAGCAGUACGCGACAUGAUGAUGUCGCCGGAGCUAAGGGGAAAAGUGGACGCCUUUCUCACUCUGCAUACCUACUCGCAGAUGUGGAUUCAUCCUUUCAGUCAUCAAAGGAAAACGGUGCCAGAGGAUAUCAAUGAUAUUGAACAAGUUGGAAGGAAAGCAAUUGGGGCUUUGGAGAGCGUCUACGGGACAAAAUACCGAUUUGGAACUGGAGCCGAUAUCUUAUACCCAUCGUCUGGAGGAUCGGACGACUGGGCGAAAGGAAAAGGCGGUGUCAAAUAUGUGUAUUUGAUGGAACUGCGUCCUAGUGAAGAAGUGUGGGAUGGAUUCAUCCUGGAUUCCCGUCAAUUGAUUCCAACCGGGCGUGAAACAUGGGCAGGCAUCAAGGUGGUCAUCGAAGCGGUAUUGAAGCUGAGGCGAGGUAGUUUUGAAGAAAAUCAAGGGCUUAUACCGUCUCCUAGUGGCUCAGGCAAGGCGUUGAAAAUUGUACGAGGUUGUUGA